CAGCCUUGAGGCUCAACUGCCAUUCUCCUCUCAAGGGAACUCCCACGUAUGGGUAUAUUUGGUCCGUCCUCGAUUUCCAUAUCACGUCAACUAUUUGACGCCAGCGGUCCAUACCCGAAAUUCUUAUCGGCAAUCAUUUGAUACGUUACGGCCCCAGCAAAAUGGCCAAGGAAAAGCAGGUCGCGACUGACUUUCAGAAGAUCAUCACCGAAGGUCGGGAGCGCAAACAAGCCCAGGCGCUUGCUGCGAAGGUCUUUAGGAGAGACCGUGUCUCGUCAGCACCCCCAAAAUUCGGUGGCGCUGGGGGCUCCCUCGCAAGCCGCGCCGGGAUCAACAAGCGAGCACCAGCUUCCCCGGCAGGUCCCAAACCCGGCAGCCUCGCUGCACGCAUCCACGCCCCCGGCACCCAGCCCGCAUCCGCGACCACUGGCACUCGGGCACAGCGCCGCGCUGAGGCCCGACAAAAUGCUUUGCUGCAGGCGGAACACGACUCUUCCCUUGCAGCCCAGGUGAAUCUGGUCAACACCAACAGGCACAACAACUCGAGCCUGGGAGGCAGGAAACGGGGUGGAGGACUUCAACAAGUGGCAGCUCGACCACCACCACCACCACUGAACAACGGCAUAACCAUUAGGGGGCUCGCUGGGCCAUUCGUGGUCAUAGCACAGAACCUGGCCCCCGGAACAACGGCCGGUGACCUCGAGAGUGCAAUGAUGCCCGUCGGUGGGCUCGUCAGCAAGUGCCGCAUCAUCAAGACCCACCCAAUAGUGAUCGCCGAGAUCGAGUUCCAGACUAAGGAAGGUGCCGAUCGGGUCAUUGAGAGGUUCAACAACCAGCUGGCCGACGGACGGGUUCUACACGUCUAUGCCAAGGUUGGAGGCCCGCCAACGAGCCCCGCGCGAGCAGCUCCUCGAGCGCCAGCGCCACAGGGAAACGGUGUCCUCGUGGAUGGCUCCUUGGGAUUCGAACCCAUGCAGGUCGAGGAAAGCAGCAGCACAGGACUUUACAGCGACAAUCUAAUGGGUCCGGCAAGCACGCAAUCCCAUAAUCGCAGGGGUCGGGGGUUCCGAGGCGGUCGAGGUGGCAACAGCCGUUAGGAACGCUAUUCCGCCGAUGACGAUGUGAAUUCACGACACGCAGAUUAUUUUGAUCGGUCUGGCGAUGGUCAGCAGGCUAGGGGUUGGCGUGGGGACUACACAGACACGUACCAGUAUCGGGAUCGGUCACCAAAGGAUUCGGGCUACGCUUCAGAAAACACGACACGCCGCUGGGGUUAUUGAGUCCGGGCCACCUCAAGCCCAACAGCGUGUGAAGCUCCGCAAUUCUCCGUUUCCCAACUGCUUUCACCGGCGGCCAUCUGGAUCUUGCUUUAGACGUUUUGUCGUCAACGGGUCCAACAGAGGCAAGUAAACGUUUUCGGCUCAGAUAACGUUCGUGGCCCCCCUUCAUCUCGGGGUCGCUUCGGAGGUAGACCGAAAGAAGUUUUAUGUACUCAUAACAGUUUAUCCAUUCUUCUGGGAUGGCGCCCCAGUCAAGCAUUGGCUGCACAUUUCUUGGGACAAAGCACAUGAGCCUUGAAUGCAGAGUAGGGGACAAGAUCAACAGCAAAAGAAAAGAAGAAAACGUCGAAGAAUUUGGGAAUCUCGCAGAGAGAAUGUGAAAACAUUCAAAGCGGAUCUGAAUGCAAUCAUUUUCCAACUUUGCGUGGUUGAAAAAUACUCCGAGUCGCCCAAAUCAGUAGUCUCGAGAAGGGAAAGGGUAGGGUGAUGGGAUACUGACAAUAUUGACUGCGGAUAGGGGCACUUUUUCAAGAGCAACAGGCCUGAUGCGAAGUUGAUCUUGCAAGCCCUACGUGUCUGGUUGGCAUCCCGAGACCUAAGGAGCAGAAUAUGUAUGCUGUGCUCCUAAUGCAAAACCUGCAGUGGCUACAUAUUGCAGUCCGCCAACAAUUAUGAACGUAAAUACUGACAUCAAUCUUUUCA